AUGCCAGAGGCGGUUUCUUAUGAACAAAUUCCGGGUGGCCAGGAUGUCAAGCCCUCAGCAAGCAGCAGAUGUGGGCUUCUUUGCUGUGCUGCAUGCGUCAUUAUUUUGGUCGUGAUACUCGUCCUGAUUUGGCCGGCAGUGUGGUGGCAGCUGACAGAGAGCAAUCCUCCGAAGAACUUGCGACCCAAGCUUGUGAGCUUUUUUGAAAUCGAGAAUUUGACAGCUAACAUGCCACCAGCACCUUCCAACUACCCGGAUGUGCUGCGUGGGUACAUCUGGAUGGAUCAAGCAGGGUACUAUGGUGCUUCACAAGUGCCGUCAGCAUCUCCCGACCUUGUCUUGUCAUUUGGUGAUCCGCUGCAUCCACUUGACACAACCACACGAUCCAUUCGGGUGAAUACCACUGGCCCUUGCUGGUCUUGGGCCAACAAUGCCCGGGCAUACUUGCACGUGGCCACUGACAGGGCGUCCAAUUUCACGUACAAGUUCAUGUGGGACGAGUCGUUUUCUUCGGCAGUCAUUUAUUCCUGUACCAGCACGAAUGGCCACGAAUCAUGCAGAUUGAAUCAUGGCAAUGGCCUCCUGCAGCUGAAGCUUUUGAUCAUUCGACAGUCGCCAGCGAAAGACAUGUGCCCACCGGCCCCCAGAGCAACCAAGGCAGAUCGCGCGUCGUGUGCAAAGUUUGUCCGGGUUACUCGACUGUUGUUCCCGGGCACAUCCUGGACAAUCCCCUUCCUGCAGUUCAACUACUAUGUGUUCCAAAUAGCAGGUGACGAUGGGACGCCUGUAGAACCAUACUUUACUGCCUAUGUGGAUUUUGCCAAAUCCCAAUGCCAGCCGGCUGCUGCAAGUGCGCAAGGCUAUGGAAUCAACUGUGAAGGCGAGUGCUUGAAGAAUUCUUCUGCCUUCAUUGCGGUACGGCCGGGACAAUGA